GUUAGAAAUGCCUGUCAAGAUUGGUUUGUAGCUAAACAUUUAGGUAAUAGUUUAAUGGUCCAAAGGGAGUUGGUCCCCUCCUCCUCAUAACUAUGUAAAGCUAAACUUUGAUGGUUUGAAAUUAAAAGAUGAAAGGUCGACUCUAUGCUUUGUGUUAAGGGACGACUCUGGAAAGUUAAUGUUGACGGAUUUUGAGGUUGUAGUUUCAUGCUGAAGCGCCAACCAUGGAGAGGGUACGGUAUCAUGGUGUCAAAGUUUACAGGGCUCUCUAAUUUAAUUAUGAAGGCAACCACCAGACAUUAACAAUUUCAUUCAAAAGGUGCAGAACGUCAUUAGUGACGCGAUAUGAAUCCGCCGUGUUAAUUUUAAGAUUUUCGAGGUGAGUUAUUGGUUUCAAGAGGUGAUUAGGACGCACACUUGUGCGUAAUAAAAGACACUAUGUUCGUCACUUACUUAGAGUUUUGAAAUUUUCGAUACUGGUUUGUUGUUAAUCAUAUGAGUUAUGUUUAUAUUAGGAGUUAACAAGUCUUCUUCCUUUAUAUAUAAAAAAGUACAAUUUGUUGGAGGCUUGGAAUGCAUAUGAAUAGUAACUUCAAUUUCCAUAGUUGAAAUUGCCGUUUUAUAUAGUAGAGUUUUUUCAAGGGAAAAGGAUGAGCAUGUGCGUGUUUUUUUUUACACUAUAAAACCAAACAUUAAUACUCAAUUAACAAAACAAUCCGAUUAUCAGCCUAUCCAUCCCCAUAUUUUGAUAAACUUCAUUUUCCCUUUUAUAAUAUUGUCAUGGAAGUUGGUUAUUUUAACUAAUACUCCCUCCGUUCCUUAAUACUCGCACCGGUUUGACUGGUGUGGAGUUUAAGAUAUUUGAAUUGACUUAUUAAUUUAAUAUGUGUUAGUUGAUAGUGAAGUAUUUUAUUAAUAUAGUUAAUGGGAAAUGUGUAAGGAGUUGGGAGUGGUGAGUGGGGAAUGUGAAUUUUUAAAUGAUUUUUUGUAGAUAGUGAGGGUGUAGGUGGGGUAGUAGGUAAGUGAGAGAAAUAAUAUAAUAUUGGUAUGAAUUUUCCAUUUAUAGAAGUGGUGCAAGUAUUAAGGGACGGCCCGAAAAGGAAAGCGGUGCGAGUAUUAAGGGACGGAGGGAGUAACCAUGUAGACGCCCCAUAGGCUGUCAAAUCGGGUCAUCGGUCGGUUACAACAAGUAUAAACGGUUCGGGUAUAAUCGAAUAAUGUUUUGUACGGGGGACAUUGUGCUCAUGCUUGAUUGAAUGUAUAAUCUUUUUAUCCGAGUCACUUCGGUUUUUGUUGGAUGUCUGCCAGAUCGUUUUACUUUUUUACAACCUUUACUACAAAUAUCCCACCUCGGAAAAUCACAAUUCUUACAAAAUAAAACUAGUAUAAAAUAGAAGAGUGAAUAAUGUAGCACUUACUUACCUGGACGAGGUCUAUGGACGAUCAAUAAGGCUCAUGGCCUAGGCUGAUGGCUUCCAUUACACUUAGGAAGGGCAUCAGCCUAAGAUCUCCCCAAGUGGGAGAGUUCUACGUCAUAAUUUGUGAUAGUGAGGGCCUGCGUUCGCGCGGCCCUUGUCUAAUUCGAUUCUUUAAAUUUCAGUUUGUUUUGAAAAUGUCAAAACAUAUUAUCCAGGUACUGGAUUUCGUUAGAGUGAAAGGUAAGACGUAAGAACAUCGUAGUAUUAUAGUUUGUGCUAGUGGGGGCCUGCGUUCGCGCGGCCCUCGUCUAAUCAAUUCUUAGAAUAUUUUGGAAAAUGUCAAAGCAUAUUAUUUCUUGUAAUGCAUUUUUGUAAAAAUGAAAGGCAAGUAGGAACAUCUAUUGUAAUGAUCAUAUGCAUGUAAUUGAUGAUAAAAAGCUAAGGAAUGAUCAUGAUAUGGCUGGCUUGCGCCGUUGCUAGACUUGAUUAGAAUUGUGGGAAGGUGAAGAAUUCACCAAAGGUCAUAAUUGAUGAAGAGUCCGUACCGGUACCGUUCUCUUUCAUUUGCUUCUUAGCACUAACGAUUUUUAGGUUAUAAAGACCAACUAUUGAAGCAGCUUGGUCUCCCUUAAUUUUCUUAUUUAGGUGGGAAAGCAUGUUUUGAGUUACUAAUUAACUUAUUGUAUCUUAAAAUUAUAAAGACCAAAAGCAUAAUAUCACAGAGAAUUUUCAAUCAAGGAGAAGGUGAAAGUAGGACUUUGGAGAGGAGUUUAUAAUCUAAAGCCUUAUAUCUCGUACGAAAUUAAAUCAAAUUGUCAGCGAUGAUGAAAUUAAGAAAAUUCAUGGUGAUAUUAUAUGGCGAUCAAUCUCGAUUUAUACUCCCUUGGUCAGUCACUUCUUACAUUUAUCACAAUGCUUGCACAAAUAAUUAUCAAACUUUAAUCCCAAGUCAAUCAAAUUAGAAAACCAUAUCUCAUAACUCUGCACAAUUCACACUUGCGUACGUAGUAUUAUUAUUAGGGCUUUGUAUAUAUUAUGUAUUUUGGGCUUUAAUAGACUAAGCUUGUAAUUAGUAUAUUAGGUCUAGGAAAGCCCGUGGCUAAUACUGUAGUAUAUAAUGCUACUUCCUGUGCAAUACAAACUCAAGGAAAUUAAUAACCCUAACAAACUUGUCAUGGUAUCGGAACUAGCAGCCUAGCAAACCCUAUCAUCUCAAAACAAUUUUUUUUUUCCUCGCCUAUUUUUUAACAACAGUCGUUUACCAACAGAAAUUUGCAGUUGCACCUGCGCUUUCUUGCUAUCAAUUUCUCAUGGACAACGACGGUAAAAUCGAUCCCGCUUCUCCAUAUUACCUGAGUUCUGGAGAUCAACCGGGGAUUAUUAUCACUCAUGUAUUGUUACGGGGUGGGAAUAACUACAUGGCGUGGGCUCGGGCUAUGCAACUCUCGCUACAGUCACGCCGAAAAUUUGUGUUUGUUAAUGGAACAAUCACACAACCUACGGAGAAAAAGAAGCAACUUGAUUGGGUCACGGUUAAUUCUAUGCUUGUCUCAUGGAUGUUGAGGAGUAUGGAGUCCAAAAUCGCUGCAUCUAUUCCCUUUCAUGAUAAUGCUAAUUACUUAGCCAAGAAAUAUGGCAUUGCAAACGGACCUCGACUACAGCAGCUUCGUGGCGAUAUUGUGACGUGCAAGCAAGGCAAGGGCAUGUCCAUGGAAGACUAUUACACAACUCUUAUGGGUUUGUAUGACGACUUGGUUCAAUUCAAACCGUUACGUGCUUGUGAAUGUGGAAAUUGUUCCUGUAAUAUGGCUGGGAAGGUUGAGGAGGAUCGAGACGAAGAGAUUUUGCAUCAAUUUUUGAUUGGGGUUGAUGAUGAACUCUAUGCUACAGUACGCACUAACCUCCUUUCUAGGGUCCCUUUACCAACAUUAGAUGAAGCAUACCUAGCAUUUGAACAAGAGGAGCGCUCUAGGGAUAUUGCACACUCUCACGCGGUGAAGGAACAGGUUCAAACACAAUCAAUCUUCGCUGUACAAGCUGACCAUCCCAAGGGUCGUACUGAGAGGCCCGACAAGUCACAACUGACUUGUACUCAUUGCAAGCGUGACGGUCAUGACAAUAGUACAUGCUUCAAACUUCAUGGCUACCCGGAGUGGUACGAAGAAAUGCGGGCUCGUCGUACUCGGGGAGGUCCUGUUCGGUCUAGUUCAGUUCCCGGGGUAGUAGCUCGUGGUCGUGCUGCUCCAGCUAGAGCGAAUGCCAUCUCUGGCAGUGUUGCAGGGGAGAGUAGCGUCCCUUCGGGUGCAGCAGGCAGCAGUAUUCCAGUAGCUAAUAUGGAAUAUUCCCCUGCUCAAGUUCAAGCUAUUUUAACCCUCCUUAAUAAUAAUAAUACUAGUUCACAAUUGGAUAAAAUGACAGGACCAACGUUCGGGGCUCCUGAUUGGAGCCGGUGAACGGAAAGAUGGACUCUAUUAUUUCCGAGGGAUUCCUACAGUGUGUGCGGUGACCGUUCCUGAAGUAUCUACAUUUGAGCUAUGGCAUCGUCGUUUGGGGCAUCCGUCUGAUAGAGUUCUCAAGUUAGUUUCCGCAAUUAAGAAUUGUCCGAGUAAUGUUGCAAAGAAAUUAAAUAAGGCAUGUGGAAUUUGUCCACAAGCUAAACAACAUCGUGAUAGUUUUCCUGUUAGUGAUAGCAAGGCUAGUAGAAUGUUUGAAUUAAUACAUUGUGAUUUAUGGGGGCGCAAUUCUAUUCCCUCUACAAGUGGUGCACAUUAUUUUUUGACAUUGGUAGAUGACUUUUCUAGAGCAGUUUUGGUGUAUUUAUUGUAUUCAAAAAUAGAAGUUUAUAAAGUUUUUCGUUCUUUCUUUGCCA